UGCUCAGGAGCGUCAUCACAAUGGAAAACAAGGAUAAGUUGACAGUUUUGGUCACUGGGUUUGGACCAUUUGGACCUUACGAAACAAAUCCUAGUUGGGAGGCUGUCAAGCUACUUCCAGAUUUCUUUAAAACAACAAAAGAAUCAUCAAAUGUGAAUUUAGUUGUUGUUGAAGUGCCUGUUUCUUACGAUCAUGUAACAUCUAAAAUAAAAGAACUCUAUAAAACAUAUACCCCUUCGAUAAUAUUGAACGUAGGUGUUUCUGCUGCUGCUACUUGUUUGACUAUUGAAAAACAUGCAUGCAGCAAAGGUUACUUUAAGCCAGAUGUAUUCAACCAAUGCCCUAAAGAAUAUGAUGUUGAUCACGUGGUGUUAAAGAGUAAUUGUGAAACACAAGAAGUUUGUAAGAUCAUAAACGAAUGUUCCGACGAGAUCAAUUGUAAGGCUAAAAUAUCAAAUGAUGCGGGAAGGUACUUGUGCGAGUACAUAUAUUAUCAAUCUCUUGCCCUAGGGGCUCCUCAAGUUUUAUUUGUUCAUGUACCUGAAGAACGCGUUUACACUAGUGAACAAACCGCUCAAGGACUUUUAAAAAUUAUUUUGUACUUGAUAGAAUGUGUGACGAAUGCAGUAAAAAAAUGA